AUGCCGGGUGAGCAGAGCCGGCGGUGCCGGUGCUACGAGGCCGGCGAUGCCGACCCUGAGGGCGUCCUUCAGCUGGCACUCUUCUUCUCCUUCUUCCUUGUCCAGCUUCGGCACGCCAGCAUCCGCAGCGCCCACGCAUCAACUCCUGGCCGUGCCAAGCAGCAUCCCGCCUCCACUGCUCAGCCGGCCGACCCGCCCUUGCUCCUGGCCGCACUGCGCGCGCCCGACAGCCGCCAAACACCACCAGCUCGACCUCGGCCGCGCGCCACGCCCUCGAUCCACGCACGCGCGAGCCAGCUGCCCCCCGGCCAAGCCGCACCACCACGCGCCCGCCGGCCCCUGGCCCCGCCCAACCUCCGCGCCAAGCGGCGCCGAUCCACCGCCCCGCUCAGCUCGGCCGCGCCCGAGCCAACUCCACCGCAGGCACGCACCCGCCACCAGCCUCCGCACGCCUUGCCCACCAGCGCCAAGCACGCCCCCGGCUCCUCGCUCGCGCGCCACGCCCUGCUCCUGGUCCACCGGCGGUGCCGCGUCGCACGCCCCGGCGGUGCCACCGAGCCCGGCAGUGCCGGCCCAGCCAUCCCGGCAGUGCCGCCCGACGCACUCCGGCAGUGCCGUCCAUCCCACCCCGGCAGUGCCGGCCCUGACUGUGUACACUGCGCUCCACUUCCGCUCGCCCUGGCCUUGCUCCACACCCGCGCAGGCGACAGCACGCUCGCCCGCAGCAAAUCCACCUCCAAGCUGCUCCCGCUCAGCCGCGCGCCUCCACGCCCACCGAGCCGCUCCACGCCGCCGCUGCCAGGGCCCCUCCACGGGCGCGUCCGCGCAAGCCGCCGCCGCACCUGCCCGGACCCGGCCGCUCGCCUAGCGUGCCUCCGCUCGACCUCCCCGCCUCGCGCUGCGAUCCGCCCCGAGCCCGGCAUCGAUUUCCCCGCGCUGCUCCUCCGCCUCGGCCCCGCGUCAACGCUGCAUCCAGCACGCCAACCAUCGCCGGCCUGUCCCAUCUCCACUCGCUUCCCUGCACCACGCCCGCAAGGCACGCAUCAGCCUGGCCACCAGAUUGCUCCCAGCUCACCCGCGCGCAUCAGUUCAAGCCACAUCCACGCGCGGAGCUUCCGCUCAGAUCCCAUCACGCACGCGUAG